AUGGCAAAGAAUAUUGUUCUUUGCUUCGAUGGCACUGAAAAUGAGUUUGGACCUCUCCCCCUCACUAACGUGUUAAAAAUUUUCAGCAUUCUAGAGAAGAAUUCCGACUUGCAAGUAUGCUACUAUCAGCCUGGCAUCGGUGUGGGCUGGAACGUAGAAUGUUCCGGUAGAGGAUUGCUAAGCCGAAGCUUGCUCAACAGAAUGAAAACCAAAAUCGACGCUGCUGUAGGCAGAAGUCUAAGUAUUCACGUGAAGGGUGGAUAUAGGUACCUCUUGAAGUACUACAGACCAGGCGAUAAGAUCUUCUUGUUUGGAUUCAGCAGGGGAGCAUUUACCGCUAGGGUUCUUGCUGGAAUGUUGGAAUGUGUUGGACUACUUGGCCAGGGGUUAGAGGAAAUGAUAGAUGUGGCCUAUGAAAUCUAUGCAAAUUGGGAAUUCUCUGGUCAGCCAUCGCAAGACGAUACUACGACCACUUCUGCAGAAGAAUUUAAGAAGACCUUCCUGAUAGAGGUUCGAAUCGAAUUCAUGGGCUUGUGGGACACGAUCAACUCUGUCGGGCUUACGAGUGAUCGAAACUUUCCUUACACUGCAACAAGCGGGAUUGUUAGACACGUUAGACAUGCAGUAAGCAUCGACGAACGGAGAGCGAAAUAUAGGCCGGUAUUGUUCGAGCUGCCUUGCCAGUCACUAACAUCAGAGACAACAAGCACAGAUGAACCUUCAGGUCUGCAUUCUUUGCUUCUGAGCUUGAAACCGAAAAGGUGCAAGAGAUGUGUGCCCAUCAGCUGCUCUGCUGAUAUAGUCGAGAAAUGGUUUCCUGGGAACCAUGGCGACGUUGGAGGAGGAUGGCCAGCAGACCCCAAGGGGCUUCAUCUUUCCGAUGUAGCACUUCGCUGGAUGUUGGUUGAAGUUUUCGAGCUUGACACUCUUCUUUUCAGAGCAGGAGCGAUCCAAAAGUUUGACGAAAGCCAUCCGGUAGAACAGUGCAUACUUUCCAGAGAUCACGAUAUCUUAUCGUUCAAACGACCGCAGGACACGGCAAAAAACACUCCUUGGGAGGGUUUACUAAAUCCAUCAAAUGUAUCCAAUGGGGAUAUUUGGAUUGAUUUCGGACCAUUUCCCUCAUUCAAAAAGAUCAAGGACGGCCCGGACCUUGGCACCAACUAUAGUUCUUCGAAAUAUCUAAACCAAGAUGUGAUGGUCGAGAAGGGGUUUGAUGCAAGGGGAGACGAGAGGUUUACCACAGUGCUAUUCUGGUGGGUUUUGGAAUUGUUACCAUUCCUCACUAAGGUAGAAGAUAGCUCAGGAAAAUGGAAGAGAAGUUUCAGACCCAACCUUGGAGCGAAGAGGAAGAUUCCACAGAAAGCAGUGCUUCACUGGAGUGUCAACUUCAGGAGACACCACGUCCAAGACUAUAAUCCUGCCAACGUACCAAGUAUUGUGCACCAUCUGGAGUCGGAGCCCCUUCUUCUAGCUUAA